AUGCCCACCCCCGAGUCUGAUAUGUUCCUGGCGCAGAAGCCAAAGGUGCCCCCAACCUUCGACGGCGUUGACUACGACGACACCAAGGCGUUCAAGCAGGCACAGGAUGCCAUCAUCCGCGAGCAAUGGGUCGGCGCCAUGAUGCUGCGUCUUGUCGGCGAGGAGCUGGGCAAGUGCUACAAGAAGGAGGGCGUUAACCACCUGGAGAAGUGCGGUCAGCUGAGAGAAAAGUACUUGGAGCUGCUGAAGGAGAAGAAGGUCAAGGGCACAUUGUUCGAGCAGCAGAACUACAUCAGCAAGCAAUAG